CCUUCUCAGUCCGGUAUUCCUGUCUUUACGCCUCGCAAAUCGCAGAGCGCAGUCCCGAGCACCAUUUCGACCCCACAGCUGGGUCUUGUACCACCUACCCGACACCUCUCCGUGAGUGGUAGUCCACAGCACCCUAGUCCUAGCUCGUCGUCGUCCAGUACGACCGGCGGCAUCACACCCUUCCGCUCCUUUCGCAACCUCUUCUCUACCGCAUCAGGUUCGUCGAAGAACCCUAAUCCGACUCCUCCAGUCUCUUCCCCCAAGCCGUCCUUUCCUGCGACCGCGCUUGGGUCGCUACGCCGCUCUAUAGGAGGCGACCGCAGCGUCUCGGCCCCCAGCUUUCGCCCAAACCAGGAGCUAUUGUAUGAUGACACACCGGUCCUGCAGAUCGACCUACCGAGGCCGGACUUCGAGUCAUUCGUACUCGGCGCAGUUUCUUCACAGGAUGGGUACUCUUCAGCAGCGGGGCCAUCUCAACCGGCGCUAUUUCCAAGCCCGACAGCGUCGCAUCUCAAGACACCAUCCGCAGGGUUCAGCUUCACCCCCUCCCCUUCACCUUCGCCCGCGGUCAACCCAACCGACCUCUCCACGAUCAUCGAGGCCGAGAACUCGGGCCUCUCAAAACACCUCCCGCCCCUCGACUCCUCACAAGAGGGCGAUACUUCUCCCUCCUCGGAUGACGAUGCGGCUGACCCCGAGCAAGACACACUCGAUCCGAAGCUUCUUCACGCCCUAUCCCGCAACAAGCUCGCGCCGACGCCACCGUCGAAAGACAGCUCCGUGCUCGACCUCUCAACGUCAAAAGUGACCAGCGAGGUCCUGCAGGCGAUGGGCGGUGCGGGGCCCGAUCGCACCCAGGGUUGGCUAAACGGCGUGGUCGUCGAGGAUAAUGAUCCCGAGCCAGAACGGGACUUGCUGACGGAGAGUGGGAACACUGGCGACGGCGACGCGAGCUUCAACCUGAGCGAGCUCGAUCCCGAUCUUGCAGCUCUGUUGUCGCCCAACCGACUUGUCGGCUCCAGCGCGGAGCCGACGCGACAUUCUGCCGCAGACGGUCUGCCUGCGCCGUCGUCACCGAGGCGGCCUGCCGCCGCUACCUCCCCGUCAGAGUCGCCCCGUCGCCCCGCGUUCUCGCGUACCCCGCCUGGCUCGUCUCCACCCCGACAGUCCGAGCCUUUGCGGAUGCCCAAGUCGCGUGCGGCCCCAAACCUGCCGUCAGCAAUGGCUUCGCACUCGCGGCCGAACCGCUCGGUGUCCGACCGCCCAGUUAUUCAGCGGCUGCACUCGGACUCGCCCCCGCUCGGGGUCCCCAACACCGCUCGUGGUCUAUCGCACAGCCCCGAACGGCCGUCUACAGCUACGGAGGGCCGGCAGCGCGAGCCACUUGACCACUACGCCUCUCGCAGACCGCACACUGGCACAGGCGAGUCACCCAUCAGUGUGCCGCGCAGGUCCGCGAUCAGCCGUCUGCUCAGUCCUGCCCGCCUCGGUCCCUACGUGACCAGCCCCAGCAGCUUCUCCCACCCGUCCUCACGGACUUCUCCCAGGCUUCCUCAGGAUGCUCCACCUUCUCCCGCAUCAUCCCGCCCAUCCUCCGCCGCGGGGCUCGCCUCUACCCGCCUAAAACCCGCCGCGCGCUCGAGCCUUGACGUCCGCCCUAGUCUGGACGAGGGUUCGCACACGUCCGCCACGCCAUAUCGCCACCGCAAGCGCAGUCUCAGUGUCGUCGAGGCGGGCCAGUCGGCUCUGGCUGGGCGCGAGUAUCCCCGGCCACAAAGCUCACGCACCGCCACAGAAUGGCUCGGGCCGCAGACUGCGAAGGCAUUUGCCGCGGCGGGGCUGCUCGACCAGAGCUAUGCGCGGGAGCGGGACAGUGCGAGCGUCGGCCGGCGCACGCCCUCGCGCUUCGGCACCACGCGGAGCAGUAUCGAUGACUCGCGCUCACGCUACGUCCCCUCGCGUAUGGCGUUCUCGGAGGCGGGCUCCGCCGGUUCGUGGCCGCGCGGCGAGACCCCGAGCGUGUCGCGCAGGGGGAGCAUUGUGCGCACACCGACGCUGACGGCGACGGUAUCGGAGCUUGGCGGCCCGGAGACGCCCCGCACGACGUUCUCGGCUGCGUCGACCGCGCCGACGUCGGUGUCAGCCUCGUCAUCAGCACAUGUACACAGCGAGCUUCAGUCGCUGCAGGAGCGGCACCAGGUUGAGACGGGUGCGUUGCUGAGUGCACUGGCGGACAGCCAGAGGACGGCCAAGGUGCUUAGGGAGGAGAACACUCAGCUCAGAGACCGGCUCGCGGACGUGGAGUUCAAGCUGGCGGAGGCGAUGGAGGAGAUUCAAGGGAUGCAGUAUGCCCCGCCUCACUCUGCGCCGGUUGGGUCUCGGGCCAGUCAUUCGCGCUAUGAAUCUGCUGCUGCGGGGCGACUCAGCCGUGUUGGAAGCCGUAGCCCGCACAAGCAGUCGUCGUUACGGGACUUUGAGUCGCCCGAGGCCUCGCAUCCGUCCCCCGUGUCGGAGGCUAACCGCACUGCCCUGCCGGCCAAUCGUCCAGAGCUUCAGCCUUACUUGGACACCCGCAAGCGCAUGAGUACUUCGUCGUCACUGUUUCCUGGUCCACCAAGCAACAUGAGCAUGCUCAUGCACGAGGAUAGUUUCUCAGCUGCUGGCUCAGCAAGAGGCGACCGUGAUCAUUCCCUCGACUUAUCGAGUCGACCUCAGUCCCCCGCCUCUCCGACGCUCGUUGUGGCAAAGCUGAGCUGCGGUCCUAUCAAGGGCCGCGAGGAAAAGAUGAGACCGGAGCCGGGGAACAUCUCCCCGACUACGGCUGACUUCUCUAUGGUCACUUCCUCGCCCGGCAGUUUGAACCUUCGACCUGAGCAUGAGCUUCAUCUCGAUGACAUGCCUAGCUUCGAAUUGAACCCCGAGCUGGAGGACGGCGCGUAUGACGCCGAUCUUUUGUAGGUAUUGUAUGCAUCAGUCUAGUUUUGCUCUCAUAUCCGCAUUCGCAUUUGUCAUCGCAUUCGCGCACGCAACAGUGUUCCUUGCAUUCGAGUUCGUGUACAUACCCUGGGAUCCAGCAUCUGAUCAUUGAAGUUCGCGUUUCUAGCACAUAAACAUUCUGAAGAUUCCCUUUUACAUUACUUAUACCAUUUCGUAUUCAUGGGUGACAAUCCCCCCGUCAUAUGUUCGUAUGCAUGCAGCUGCUUUCAUAGGACUAUAUCUGCAUUUCCGUCGUGCUGUCUGUAACGUAUUUGGACCUGUCUAAUACGCAUGUUCGUGCUCGCUGACGCUUGCCGGCUGUUAUCGUC